AUGGCUGGUCGAUUAACACGCGGAUUUUUUCAUCGUGAUUUAUCUGGUAUAGAAGCAGAAAAACUUCUUCAAGAAAAAGGUAUUCCCGGUAGUUUUCUUGUACGUCCAUCAACAACAAAAUCAGAUGCUUAUGUACUCUCAGUUCGACGAGCAAAUGGAGAAAUAACACAUAUACGUAUUCAACGAACAAAUGAUGGAUUUGAUUUAGGUGAAAGACAAGAAUGUUUUUCAACAUUAUAUGAUAUGAUUGAACAUUAUCGUCAAAAUGUUGGUGAACUUCGAGAAAAAAAUAAUGAUAUUAUUGAAUUAACUGUUCCUAUUUUAGCACAAAUGCCAACACUUGAAAAAUAUUAUCAUGGACCAAUAUCUCAUAGUCAAACAGAAUCAAUAUUAAAUGCAUGUGAUCAAAUUGGUCUUUUUCUUGUUCGAGAUUCUGAAACUAUACCAGGUGAUUAUGUUAUUUGUGUUAAAACACAAAAUGAUAUAGCUAAUAUUAAAAUAAAAUGUUUAAAUGGUGAAUGGUUUCUUGAUGGUAAAGGUCGACGUGAACAAAUUGAUCGUUUUAAAUCAUUAGAUGAUUUAAUACAUUUUUAUUUAAAACAUAAUAUACUUGUUGCAACAAAUGGUACUGCAUUUCGUCUUGUUCAACCAUGUACAGCUAAUUGGUUUCAUGCACGUGAUAUACAUCAACGUUGUGAACAUUUAUCAAAAUUAGUUGCAACACAACAUGGACAUCGAACAGGUUUUAGUUUAGAAUUUGAAUUAUUAAAUCAACAAUCCGAAUGUAAAUCAUUUAUGUAUCAUAAAAGACAUGGUGAAAAAUCUGAAAAUCGUACAAGAAAUCGUUUUAAAAAUAUUUUACCAUAUGAUGAAACACGAGUUAUAUUAAAAAAUUAUUCGAUUACAGAUUAUAUUAAUGCAAAUCAUAUUCGUCCACCUAUUGAAAAUAUUGGUAGAGGAUAUAUUGCUGCACAAGGACCAUUAACAGCAACAAUUAAUGAUUUUUGGUAUAUGAUACAACAAGAAAUGGUUAAAUGUAUUGUUAUGAUUACAAGAGAAACAGAAGGCAUGAAGAGUAAAUGUGCACGAUAUUGGCCUGAAUUACAUACAAUAAAAACGUAUGGUUCAAUAACUGUUGAAAAUUUAAAUGAAUCAAAUUAUGGUCCACCUCAAACACCUAAUAAUACUUCACGUACACUUCGUUCACUUCCAUCAGCUGGAUAUCAAUUAGCACAACAACCAACUAAUGAUGAUGAUUGUUAUUAUCGUUUACGUACAUUAAAAAUAACAACAGAAGAUGGACGAUCAUGGGAAAUACUUCAUUGGCAAUAUUUAGCAUGGAGUGAUCAUAGUUCACCAUUAGUAUCAAAUCAACGUGAUAAUAUUCAACUUAGUGUACUUCUUGAAUUUUUUGAAAAAAUUGGUCGUUCAAAUUCAGUUGGUACUGAUAUAAAUACAUCACCAAUGAUUGUUCAUUGUAGUGCUGGUAUUGGUCGAUCAGGUGCAACAAUAGCAAUUGAUAUGAUACUCAAUCGAAUACGUACAGAAGGAUAUGAUACAGAAAUUGAAAUACCUGGUUUAAUUACACAUAUUCGUUCACAAAGAUCGGGUCUUGUGCAAACUGAACGACAAUAUGAAUUUAUUUAUCGAGUUAUUGAAUAUUAUGUUGAACAACAUAUGAAACAAACUCAAAAUUCACCAGAUUAUAUGAACAUGCGAUGA